GUAGUAGCCGUGGGGGCGUAUGGGGUUGUGCAGCUAAUAAAAAUUCUUCUGACACUCCCCGCCCCCCCCCCCCCCCCUUGUUACGAGCUCGGUAAACUAUUUUCAAUAUGCAGUUCAUAUCUCUGCUGUUCUCUUGAACUCUGUCUUUACUCUCCAUUCAAAGAAACCAGUAGCCCGUGAGAGAAGCAUAAAAAGCAUUCUCCUCCUCCGCGAUAUAUAUGUGUACGGUCGAUCGUACACGCUCCGAUCCACUCUCCACAACAAGAAAUUCACCGUACCGUGUGCAUGUAUGUAAAAUACAGUCCAUAUCAGAAUUGCUGUAUACACAGGACUCGGGCGGCUAGCUGAUAAACUAAAGCGGUAUAUAUCUGGGAUUUUUGCUUGAUUUUUCGCUAUUAUAAAGCCCAAGAUGGCGAGUGGAAUGGAUAUGACGGCGGUUGUGGAGUCGAUGAACCGAAUGGAGAAACUCUUAGAGAAGAUAGAGGAUAAUGGACGAACAGAAGAAGUGGUACACAAGAAACGUACAGAUGGCCAGAAGGUUUACUGUCGGAUGAGAGUAAACAUUAUCACGAUCGGUGAUAUCGAUACUAUCAAGGAGGAGUUUACGUGUGAACUCGCCCUGACUGUCAAAUGGAAGGAGCCCGCCAUCAGGGGAAUGAAGGCAGAGGACAUCGAUUGGGGUGAGCAAUGGGAUCCCAGGAUCUAUUUCUUCAAUGCUGUCAGCAUUGAUAAGUACGAGGUCAAGAAACGGCUCGGUCUGAAAUCGGCAGACGAUGAUGAAGGGGAUCCGAUACCUGAUGCUCAGCUAUCGAUCAGAAUGAAGGGAGUUUUCAAGUCGUCCAUGAAUCUCUCCAAUUUUCCUUUUGAUUACCAGGAUCUGAAGAUCAAGAUCAUGUCAGACUGGCCAAGGAAGGUAGUUGAAUUCUGCAAGGACAUGAGUCAGAAAGACAGUGUCCGGACAGAUACUUUCACAGGUGAACAGGAAUGGGAAUUACAGAAGCACGUGUCUGCCAAGGAAGUGGAGGAAGAGAAGAUGACAUCGGGGGCUGUAAAUACCUACCCACUCUACAACAUCGUGGUCAAUGUCAAGAGGAAGGCCAGUUACUACAUGUGGAAUGUUGCCCUCAUCAUGUUUCUGAUCACCCCGCUUGCCUUCACAUCUUAUGCAGUGGGUGCCGAUGCCCCGGAAGACAGAUUAAGUGUGACGUUAACAUUGCUUCUCACCGCUGUUGCUUUCAAGUUUGUCGUAUCACAGAGUCUACCGAACACAUCAUACCAAACACUUCUUGAUUACUACGUUCUCUGGUGUAUGACGUUCCUGUGUGGGGUUGUCAUCCAAAAUGCUGUAGCUUCUUUGUUUCCACUUGAUAAAGUAUGGGAGCAGUUUGAUCUACCCUCUCUCUGUUUCCUGGGCGGUCUCACCGUCCUUCUCAACUUUAUUUUCAUCGUAGUCGCUUGUUGGAAGUCUCAUAAAGUUGGAUCCCAGAUGCAAGAAGCUACCAACAAAUACAAUGACCUUUGUGAUGAGAUUAAGGCGACCAAAGGACGAGGCAGAAACUACAAGGUAGAGCCGCUAAAGUGAGCUCAUCCGUAAAAAGGACGACAGUAAUGUUUUCUUUCCGUCCAAGACACUUCAAACAUGGAGUCCAAACGAAGAUGCCACAGUUAGCGAAACUGUAUUUGAAAAAAAAAACGCAAUCGACGUAUUUUCUAAGCAUGUAUUUCAAGUGGCAUGCUUUGCUUUUCACCUUUUAAGCAUUAUUAAAAUCUUUUAAACCUUAUUAACAAAAUUCUGUGUGUUUUUUCUUUCUGUUUUAAUUUUCACUGUUUUUUCAAUCUGUCUUUCUUGCCAAUCUUUAAUUUCUUGUAUUUCUUUUGUAUUUUGCUUUUUUCUCUUGAUCUUUACCCCCAUCUACAUUCGUUUUAUCUGUUGUGAUUUAAUCCUAUCUGCCGCAACUCUUUCCGUCCCUCCUUUUCAUUCCCGCCCCCCUCUUCCUUCCUAUAUCGUUCUUCUCUCUCUUACUUCCUCUCCUUCUAUUUUCUCUUCCCUUCUCUCUUCAUCUCCCUUUCUUCUUCUCUCGUCAUCCCCCUUUCUUAAUCUCUCUUCUUCCUUCAUUCCGCCCCCUCUCUUCCUCUCCCCUUUUCUCUCUGUUCCCACCCCUCUUUCUUUCUCCUCAUCUCUCUCUCUCUCUUCAUCUAUCUUUAUAACAAUGUAUAAUAGGGUACGAUGGGUGAAAUGAGCAUCCAAGAAGAGAGAGCUCCCCUGUCGAACCCUGACACAGUCCAAGAGAGAGGCCGUUAUGACCAGGUUUAAAUCCCGCGCCAAAUGCUUUCAAAAAAAUAUAAACACAUGACAUCAGUAGAUGCUUGUUAUUAUAGACAGGGCACUCUUACAAAUUAUUAUUUCAUUAGGGUUAUGAGUUAUAUGUAGUAAUAGCGAGACAGGGAGGAGCUGCCUGAAAUGUAACUUGUUGGUCACGUGACCAAGAUAGUAUAGUUUUUUUUUAAUUUGUAUAUUGUCCAUACCAUCCACUCUCUUCUUUCAUCAAAGUGAUGUGACAUGAAAUACAUGUUCUUUUUUCUUCCUUCUACUAUAUAGAUGUCAGUUUUAUAAUUAUGAUCGUGAGUUCUUUCUAGUUCUUUUUUUUACACCAAUGAUAGUGCAAAGUGAACUAAUUUCUGAAAAAGGGAGACGGGCCAGCGUUCUUUAUUUUUAAGGGAAAAUAGGUAUGCAUUGGAUGACGAUGAGGAUAAUGAUCAUGGGUGAUCAUGAUUAUGAGGGUGAUGGUGAUGGCAUCUUUAUAUGCCGGAUAGCACCUGGUUGAAAUGCCAUGAAGGUAUAAUUUUAAGAGCAUUUAUAUACUGUAGAGUAAAAUAAAACUGUGAUACGAUUGAGUCUCGCGCUGAUUUCCCAACCCCCCCCCCCCCUUGCCCCUGCUUUUAGACGUCCAAUUUGGGUUACAAGUUUAUUUUGAAUAUUAUUGACAAAUCGGAUGCAAAAGUGAAAAGGCUCGGUCGUUGUGUUCGUUUACAUUGGUUGAAAAUGUUGUGUUUUAUCAUUGUAAAGCACAAUCCAUUACAAUGUGGAAAAGAUAUUCAUUAGUCAUCGCCCGUACACAUGAUUUGCAUGGCUUGUGGCAUUUAGUUUAAUGCCAAGUUAUUUUGAGAUCAUUUGUAUGUAUUCGUUUAGUUUGAAGUAUAUGACAGGAAGGCUUAUACCUCUGAAGAAAUAUGGUUAAAGAGGCUUUGUGAAUGAAUGGAUGUUUUGGGAACAGAAUUUCAUUAUAGUGAUUAUACCUGUAUAUUCGACAGAAAUGUUAUGUUUAUAUCAUAGAUACUAAAGCUUAUUAGAUUCAUCUUAUAGAUAUAGAUAUCAUCUUAUAGUGUUUUUAUUGAAAAUUGUACAUUUUAUGCAUAGAUUAUUUAUAUGCCGAUGUAUUGAAGAUCAAUGGACAUGACUCAACAACAUAUUUCUAAACUUGUGUAUGUUUAUAAUUACUAUUUUAUACAUUGUUACGCAGGGUUUGAAAUAAGUAGAUUGGAGCACACGUGAUGAUUUUUAAGUAUUCAACACUGCUGCGUUGUUUUUAAAUUUUUUUGCUUUUAAGAUUUGAAUAUUUUAAUUGCAGUUGAAAUUGCAAUUUAUUAUCAUAUAAUACUUGCUUAGAAAGGAUAAUCUAAUUUUUAAAAAUCUUAAUUCAUGUUCUUUUUACGGUAACAAUUUCGUCACUGCGAUGGUCAUUCGAAAAAUUACAACUUCUAAGUGAUCCAUUUUGAAAGCUAUAAAUUUGUAACAAACUAUUUUUGUUCUAACCUCAAAAUGAACCUAUAUUGGGAAUGGUUUACAAAGAAUAAUUUUAGACAAUGAUUAUUUUCUUUGCAGAGGUAUGAAACUCACAAUAAUUUACAUUCUCAUUAAGCUGUAUACACGCGAUGAAUGGAUUUGCGUGCGUGAUCGUUUCAGCAACCUAUUUUGUUUUUAAUGACUGUUUUCAAAUCAGUUUAGCGAACAUUGAUUUGAUUUUUCUACUCUACUGUGAGCGUAAACAUUAAACUUAUUUACGUUUUGAAUAUCUAUAGAUUAUAGACUCAUCUAGUUUAGAUGAUAUUUUCAGAAAAAAUAUAUACGUCGUAUCUUAUGCAAGAAAAAUGGAAUGAUUUCUUUUUAUUAAAGAUUAAUAAUUUUAGAGUAUGAUAAA